GCAAUCUCCAGCGGGAACGUCUUUUCAGCGAAGCUGUGUUGGAGGCUCUGUGCAAACCGUACACGUGGAGAGCGAGCGUUCGGCUUGAAAAUAGAGCACCUCGUCUCAAACCUAUAGAAUUCAGCUACAUCAAAAAAGCCCUCGUUGCAGCUAUGCGCGUGAUCCAAGACCGGCACCUCAUUCUCGACGUGGACUGCGGCGUGGACGACGCCCUGGCGAUCAUGCUGGCGCUGAGCCUGCACUCGACCGUCGAGGCCGUCACAUGCGUCGCGGGAAACACCACCCUCAGCAACGUAUACAGCAACGUGCGUCGGGUUCUGCGUGUCUGCGGCAUGGACAAGAUCCCCGUGUACCGUGGCUGUGAGCGGCCGCUGACCGAGCCCCUGGACCUGGCCACGGAGUACCAUGGCCACGACGGCCUGGGCGAAGUGGCCCUCGACUAUCCGGCGGGGCCCGAUGGAGAAACCUCCCCGCACGCCUCCCAGGUUCUGGUUCAGAUGGCGAAGGAGGCUCCCGGCAAGUUUACGCUCCUGCUGCUGGGCCCGCACACCAACGCCGCCCUGGCCCUGCUCCUGGACCCGCAAUUCGGCAAGAACCUCAGGGAAAUCUUCAUCAUGGGAGGGAACAUCAAAGGAAGGGGCAAUGUGCUGCCGGGCUCCGAGUUCAACUUCAAGACCGACCCUGAGGCGGUCCACGUGGUGCUCACGAGGGCCGAAUGUCCCAUCACCAUCGUGCCCUGGGAGGCUGCGGUGAAGUCACCAAUACCCUGGCACGUGUACCAGACGAUGACGAAGCAAGACACGGUUAAGGGACGCUUCUUCGCGGCCAUAACACGGCACAACCUGCGCUACUACGAGAAGGUGGAGUUAGGCGGCUACGAAGUGGGCGACGCCCUCGCUGUGGUGGCUGCCCUGGCGCCGGACGCCGUGGUACACGAGUACGAGCGUCGUGUGGCCGUCGAACUAUCGGGGCUGCACACCCGCGGUCAGCUGGUGCAGGCCUGGACGGAAGACAUGCUGCCCGAAGUGCACUCCAAGGUCCGCAUCGUGGCCCGCUUCGACAAGGAGCUGCUGUCCGAACUGUUAAUCCGAAUGCUCAUCUGACUUUCUGGCUGUUGUCCGAGGCCGUAUGCCGAAAAAACCAAUGAACUGGCGGCAAAUGUAGACCGUAUUAACUGAACAGUUUUUACCACAGGUUAGACCAUAACAAUGCUACUGGCAAUAGUGUAGGAAUGACACUAAAUGUAGAAAGGAUUACGGAGUUGGUCUUUGUUUUCCACACAUACUAAGAAACGUUCAGACUUAAGGCAGCGAUUUCACGCGUGCCAUCGUGAACAGGGCACUGCUUCUACCGACAGGGCGGAGAUACACUUUCGCUUGCGAGCAAAAAGUCUAGUUCAGGCAAGCAAGCAAGUUCAAGCUAGUUCAUUUGUGAGCCAAUCUAGUUCAAUGUUGAUACGCCACGUGGCGUGAAAUUUUAAAACUAGAUUGAAAUAUUCCAGAAAGUUGUUCAUUCCUAGUCAAUGCUUGGCAUACGUUAUUUGCAAGUCACACAUCUUACAGUUUAGAAAAAGUGGCUAUUCGAAUUCAUUUUUUUUUAAAGUAGGUGAUUAGCGACCGAAUGGGGAUUAUUCCUUUUGAUCGUUUUACUCAAAACAUACUUUGCCACGCUAACUUACCGGAAAGAACUAGCAAGUAUUUAGAAGUGAAACGCAACGUUGGAAUAAAAACAACGCACAGGAGCAUAACAACGUUUUAAGUUUUAUGUGCAAGGCGUAUAAUUUUUAAACAAGCCUAAGAACUCAUAGGCAGGACUAACACUGCAAACAAAUUAAUAUUUGCAUAAAUCUGACACUUGCGUCGUAAUCCACUUUUUUUUUUCUUCUCCUGUGUGUGCUAUAUAGGCUGCACAACAUCUCCGUAAGAGCACUGAGAAGCUCUCCUCCGUUCAUCCCUAGUGUAAAUAAGUGAACAAACAAUAAAAAAUAUCGCGGGAUCGUUGGUGCA